GAUUGGCUUUCCCUCCUCAGGGUAUUAGGCAGUCUGUCUGUCCAGAGCCAGGACAGUAGCACCAAUGCCCAUGCAUGCUGGAACAUACAUAGAUGAGGGGCUGAGGAAGUGCUGGGUUCAUGGAUGCAGGGGACAAAUGACUGGUUCUGCCUUACAGGUCUGUUCUCAGAGUUGAGGCUGGCUGUGCCUUGGGGUCACAUUGCUGUCAAAGUCUGGGGCUCCCAGAAGAACCCUCCAGUUCUCUGCCUGCAUGGCUGGCUGGACAAUGCCAACUCCUUUGACAGACUCAUUCCUCUUCUUCCACAAGAUUUUCAUUAUGUGGCCAUGGAUUUCGGGGGCCAUGGGCUCUCCUCCCAUUACAGCCCAGGUCUCCCGUAUUACCACCACAAUUUUGUGAGUGAGGUCCGAAGGGUGGCAGCAGCAUUUAAAUGGACUCGCUUCUCCCUCCUGGGCCACAGUUUUGGUGGCACUGUGGGUGGCAUGUUCUCCUGCAUCUUCCCUGAGAUGGUGGACAAACUUAUCUUGCUGGACACGUUGCCAUUUCUCCUGGAUUCUAAUGAAACAGAGAACAUCGUGACCUACAAACGGAGGAACAUAGAGCACAUGUUACAUGUGGAAGCUUCCCAGAAUUCCUUGAGGGUGUCCAGCAUGGAGGAGAUAUUGCAGAGGCUCCUGAAUAAAAAUAGCCAAUUGAAUAAAGAAUGUGGGGAACUCCUGCUGCAGAGAGGAACCACAAAGAUGGCCACAGGUGUGGUGCUGAACAGGGACCGGAGGCUCUCUGUGCCAGAGCACAGCUUUGACUUCGUGAGCAAGGAGAUGUUUGUUCACUUUAUCAGACGCCUGCAGGCCAAUGUGUUGCUGGUCAAAGCAACACAGGGGUACUAUGAUGUCAGACGAGCCAACGAUGAGAACAAGGAACCCCUAUUCUUCAUGGUGGACACACUAAGAACCAUCCUAAAAGAGCGGUUCCAGUAUGUGGAAAUCCCAGGCAAUCACUACGUCCACAUGAACAACCAACACCUUGUGGCUGGAAUUGUCAGCGCCUUCCUCCAGAGCCAACCCAGGACUGCUUCCAGGCUGUAGCUCUGGCCUUUGAGCUUGUUCACAAUUUGUCCAGCACCCUCAGUCCACUAAAUGUGGUGUGGGUCUCACUGGUAUCAAACACCAAGAGGGGCAGCAGAGACUCCUGUGGCAGAGCUAGGAGCAUGGGGAUAUGUUUCUGACCUUUAAUAUCUGACUUCAAGAAGGGGACAGGGGAGCUUGUGGCGCUGGGGGAGCAGGACUGGGUAAGAGUCUCUGGAGCUCGUCCUGGUAUCAGGCUGUGUGGCAAUAAAAUCCUCCCCCAUCUUCA